CAAAAAUAACCAAUCAGAGCACAGUUUUUCGCUUGCUCAUAUACCCCGGCAGUGUGAUGGGAGACCAGCUAGAGGGCGUGUCUUUUUCUGUCAAUGGCUGCAGGAGCUGCCGCGAUGGUGUUCGGGAGGCCGCUCGAACCUUGGGAUUUUGGCACCACAACAGACAUAAUUAAAACAAUACCACAGGAUUUGUUUGCAGAGCUAUGUGAACAAAUUAUUCAGUAUCUCCAAUGUCAGAUCCCAGCUGUAAAUACAGUGGAACUAUGUCAGAGAUUUCAAGCAGCUGGGAUUGAAAUAGUCACUAGUGACCUGGCAAAGGUAGUUAAUGCCAUUUCCUUUGUAUUCAGCACAGCAUCAAAUAAUAAACUCUCGUCAGAAGAACUCUCCACCAGACUAGGCAAUGCAGUUGGUGCUCUGCCAAAGCAAGCUGUACAGGUUAUUCGGCACAUAUGGAACGAGCAGGGACGAUCCAUCACAGUGUCAGAAGAUGCUAAAAAUGUAGCAGCUGUUGGACAGCUUAUUGAUUUUCAGUGGAAGCUGGGGAUGGCAGUGAGCUCUGACAGUUGUAAAUCUUUGAAGUCUCCUUAUGUUACAAUUACAAUAAAAGUGGCAGAUGCUUCAGGGCACAUCACAAGCAAAACAUUUGAAAUGACAGUUCCACAAUUUCAGAAUUUCUUCAAUCAGUUCAAGGAAAUGGCAGCUGUUUUUGAGACAGUGUGAACAGCACCUGGGCAGGUUAUUUGAACCAAAUGCACUGUCCCCUUUUGCCGAUAGAACUUAAAUGUUUUUUUAUUAAGGAAAGGUAUGUGAAUUUAUCACCAUCUCAAUUUCCUACGUAACUUUGCCUAUCUCAUAGAUAGUUCUUGUUUGAAAGAACAUCUGAAAGUCCACGACCUGUGCAAAAUGCCAUCUUCAUAUUGCCUGAAAUUCUGCACCAGUGUAGAAGGAUGUGCUGCUUUAAGAGCAAAAGUAGCGGGCAUGGAAUUUUCACCAUACAGAAGAAUCCAGAGAGGUGGACUGCACAGGUGAUCUUGUCUGAGGGUUGUUAGGACAUAAUUAUAAAGCUUAUGCUUUCUAUCAAAUAUUAGCACUGUCUCUGUAUAUGAUUAAAUAACUGAGUGCCUAAUACAUUAUUAAUAUGUUACCAAUGAAAAGUGGCGUGUUACAGAUUUUGGAAACCAAAAAUUCAAUUGUUUUCUAUUAAAUCUAAUAAAAUGCUGGGGAAAUAGUUA